AAUGGCAAAAGCCGAUCCAAAAUUAUUAAUUUAUCCUAUGGAUUCUCACGGACAGCUUUGCGGUGCUGGUGGAACCAAAAACGAUCCUUAUCUAUUCUUUUUUGAUUUGGGAGAAUGUACAAAAUUUACGACUCAAUUAUCAAAAACCGGUUGUCCUACAAGGCAAAUUUGUAUAGCUAAAUGCCCCAAUUCUACGUGGAAUUGGCACAUACAAGAGAUACUAGAGAGGAAUAAAACGGAUAAGGAAAUCAUAAGUAUCCGAAAGAAGAAUCUUAUAUGCAAAUACGAUAUAGAUUUUUCUAUGCACAAAUACAGAAAGAAGAGUUUAAGUCAACUGGUAGAAGAUGAAGAAUGUGCUCCCUACUAUGUUCCAUCCAGACCUAUUGUUAGUCGUUGCGUACCAAAGCUGAAGAAAGCUCCCUCUACCGAAAGAGUUUUUGAGAGAUUAAAGAAUGUUAGAGAAGUUGACGUUGACAAAAUAACUUGGGGGGAUAUAAAAAGUGCAUCAUAGUAAAUCAUUUUCUCUUCUUUUCUACAUUUGUCAGCUUCAAUAUAAGUAUUUUGUAUACUUUUAUCUUUUAGCGCUCUUGGACUAUUGUUAUCAUCAACUGAAAAUAUGGUUUUAAUUAUUAAAGAUAUUAAACAGACAUGGCAUCUUAUUCUUGCGUAAUAAAUCAUUAAGAAUUAUU